AUGGGUUCCAUAGCUGAAGCGAGCGACAUCCCGAGCCUCACGGCGUUGGAACGUAUCGGUCCAAAGGGCUAUGUGCGGUAUAUCUUUCCCUUUCCACUUGGAAAUAAAUAUGAUCUCGAGCAGGUGGUUGAGGUUCUCCGGGUGAGCUAUGCUGCUACUACUCGCCGGCUACCCGUCAUGACAUGUGAGGCGGUGCCGGACGAUCGCACAACACAGCGAGGUGUCCUUCGCCUCCAACGUCUCCCUGAGGGGGAUAUCGAGCCGAUAGAGACGCGAGAUCUGCGUGCGCUGGGCGCAUUUCCCACAACAUACACAGAGCUUCAGGCCAAGGCGUUCCCGGUGGCUUUCUUUGACGCCGACGUGCUCUGCCGCCGCUCGGUAUGGCCAACUCCGGGCGAGCGGUUGCCGGUGUCGCUCUUACAGGCCAACUUUAUCCCGGGUGGCCUACUACUGAACUGGUGCGUGCUGCAUGUGGUUGGUGACGGCACGACCUACCAGGUGUGGAUGAAAGUUUGGGCGGAGGAGUGUCGUCGCGCCCAGGGAAUGGCCAUCCCGGAACCCAUCGAGCUCCCAGAAGCGAUUGCUCGAGAUCGCGAAUGCGUAAUGAGUGCGUCUGGACGUACUGAUGGCUCGCUGGGUAGCCAUCCCCAGUAUACCUUGCUCCCAUCUGCACCGUCCGGAGCGCCUCCCAAGAUGCUGGCCCAGAAUCAUCGCUCCCAAGUCUUCUAUUUCUCCCCUGCAGCGCUCGUGGCAUUGAAGGAAGCAGCGUCUCCCGCUCAUGCGACCAUGACCUCAGACCAAACUUGGAUUUCCACCAAUGACGCCCUGUCGGCGUUGCUCUGGAGGACGGUGAUGGCUGUGCAGUGGCCCUUGGAUACUCUCCAGGGUGAUCCCGUAUCCGUGUUUAACCUCGCGAUCGACGGGCGCCUACGGACCGAUCCGCCCGUGCACCCGGAAACCCUGGGCUGCUUCCUGGAGUAUCUUGGGGUCUCCCUACCGAUUCGCACCAUUCUGGGCUCUGCUGGCCUCGCAGAUCUGGCCAUCCUAAUUCGUAAAGAAGUGCUCCGCGCCGACCGGCAAUUUACAGACGACCUGGUCGCUCUCGUGGAGCAACUGGAGGAUGUCGACCGCCUAGUCCCCACGGCAUUCCUGGAUGUUCCUGGGUUCAACUGCGUGCAGACCUCUUGGAUUAACUUUCAGUUAUAUGGCCUGGACUGGGGUCCUCUGCUGGGCCACCGCAUUGGCGCGGUGCGAGCCCCUCACAUCGGAGUCAUCAACGGUCUGCAACUUGUCUUGCCGGCGCCACCCGAGGGGGGCGUGGAGGUACUGGUAGGAGUCGAAGAGAGUUGCUUGCAAUGUCUGCUGCAGGACCCCUUGUGGAUGAAGUAUGCGGUUGCCCGAUAG